AUGCAAACCAGAGACUCUGUAAAAGAGAAAGAAGAGAGGACUGAGAUUUGGUGGAUUUGGGUCUGUGAGUUGAAGACAGAGACAGAGCUCAAAGUUGUGACACAGAAGUGUGGAGGUUUUCAGUUCAAUUGGAUUACAGUUACAGAGAUAAUUGGAGCAUUAAGCAGUGUGACUUGCAACUGUUGGUUGAAAGCCUUAAAUGAGGUUGGGCUUGGAAACCGUAUCAAAGCAACUGUUCCAUUCAAUGCUAAUAUCUACAAUUCCCCUGUUUCAAAGCCAGUCCCUUCUGCUGGUGACUUCAAGUCAGACAUACGUGAACUUACAAUUGAAAUAGUUCAGUACCUCAAUGAGAAUGAUGCCCCUUUCACUGUUAAUAUCUACCCAUUCCUUAGCCUCUAUGACAAUGAAUACUUCCCUGUGGACUAUGCUUUCUUUGAGGGGUCAGACAAUGGAAACUAG